AUGAGUCGUCAUAAAGAAUCAACAAGUGAACCAGAGACAAAACAAACUAAGGAGGUAAAAGAUAGUAGUAAUAAUAAUAAUAAAACUACUCAAAAGCAAAAGAAUCAAUUAUUAUUACAACAACAACAACAAUUUUUACAAAAACAUAUAAAUUCAAAUGGUAAAUCAGAUAUGCCAAAAAUUGAUCCAUUAGAUUUUGAAAAAUUUAAUGAUAAAAUAUUAUUAAAAUAUGCAGAAAGAUAUAAAUAUAAUAUAAAUAGUUUUGAUUCAUUAAAUAAUGAUAUAUUAAAUAGUGAAAUUGGAUUAAAAACAUAUUCAAAGACAAAAAGGUUAAGAGAAAAGGAGAAAGAAGAAGAUUUAAGUAAUAAAAUGACAAAGAAAGAAUUUAGUAAAAUUGCAAAGAAUCAUUUUAUGAGUUUACCUGCUAAAGAAAAUGAUAUUAUAACUGGAUUUCUAUAUAAAGUAAAGAAUCAAGAUAAAGAGUUUAAAUUGACUUCUCAAUAG